AUGUCUAUUCCAGAGGCACGUUUUGGAGCACUAGUAGUAACAGUUGAUGAGCAUAUACUUCAGUAUCGUACACUUCUCAAUCACCGACUGGUGAAUGCCAGAAAAGAAAUUGAUUCGAAAACCGUUACAGCUAAGGGUUACGAGGUGAUUCUGACUGAGAACGUGUUGAAGGUCAAUGCACAGACGGCUGCGGCCGUGGUGACUGCCAGGAAACCGAGAAUUAAAACCACCAACAAGAAUAAUGACAUUAAAAUACUAGUAUCAGUUGAAGCUUCGGAAUACGACUCGUACACAUCACGAGAGCUUCUUGGAGAAUUGGCCAGCAUGGGCCCAUGUCCCCAGAGGGAUACAUGCAUCCCAGCGGGGCUCAGUCUUGGCUCUCGGCAGUUAACUGCACGUUGCAAUGUGGGCUACGCGGACGAGGAAAGCUUUCGAAGACUUUCGAGGUCGUCGCGAUGCUGUCCGCCGGGCGCUGGUGCGUUUGGGGUGGCGCUGCUGAGCGGCGGGCGAGCGGGCGUGCAGGUGGGCGCGGCGCCCGCCGGCCACACCGAGGCCGAGGGCGAGCUGUUCCCGCUGUCUGUGGUGCACCUCAACGACUUCCACGCGCGCUUCGAGCAGACGGACCCCUCGGGGGCCGCCUGCGCGCCAGGCAGCGCGCUCUACCUGGAAGCCGCCAGCCGCCACCCUUGGUCGCUCGCGCACCCAAGGUCACUCAGCUCAAACCAGGAACGCGACGCCGAAGCGAAAACAGCUCUGAAUUUGGGUUUCACGGAGUGGGGGCGGCAUACAAGGAACCACCCCCGUACACCAAAACAGUUUAACGGGCUGAAGGAGAAAACGACCACAGAACCUCCCGUUAUGUUGGCAGCUCUAGAAGUUUUUCGCACAAACUGUGGAGGUAACAAAGGCGACCGGAAACCUAAUGUUGAGUGCUAUAGUUUAGACAGAUCUGAAAUGACGGUGUGUUUAUCUGACGUGUGGACUAUGAAUUUGGACUUGUUUCGAUGUGGUACCAAAGAGCUGUUGGGUUAUGAACAUCAAGACAUCUUGUCGCCUGUGAAUAAGAGUAAAUGA